AUGAGCCAGGGCACGAUGUCGGCAAUGGGUGCGGCCGCUGCUCGAGCAGUAACCAGAGCAGCGACGUCCUCUGCACGUGCUCGACCGUCGCGAGCUCUACGUCUUGCUCGAUAUCCCUAUACUCCUUUGGCAGCGCACCAGAUCUCGUCUCGAAGGACAUAUUCCUCUCCUUCGGCGCCCUACGCCUCAACCAGGUCGACGGUGGUGCAGCUGUUGAGCAACAUUGGCUCCAAGAGGGAGGUCCAACAGUAUCUGUCACACUUCACUUCAGUCUCCUCGCAGCAGUUUGCCGUGAUCAAGGUUGGUGGUGCUAUCCUGACGGAACACCUCCAGACCUUAUCUUCCGCUCUUGCAUUCCUCAACCAUGUCGGACUUUACCCGGUGGUUGUGCACGGAGCGGGCCCACAAUUGAACAAGAUAUUGGAAGACUCGGGGGUCGAGCCACAUUUCGAAGAUGGAAUCCGUGUUACAGAUCCCAAGACAUUGGGUAUUGCACGUGCCCUGUUUCUGGAAGAGAACCUGCGUCUGGUGGAGGAGCUUGAGCGCCUGGGAGUCCGCGCAAGGCCCAUCACGUCUGGAGUUUUCACCGCCGACUACUUGGACAAGGAGAAAUAUAACCUCGUGGGCAAGAUCAAGCGUGUCGACAAGAAGCCCAUUGAAGCUGCUAUCGAAGCUGGCUGUCUCCCCAUCUUGACGUCUAUGGCCGAGUCGGAAGAAGGACAGAUUUUGAAUGUCAACGCUGAUGUUGCGGCUGGCGAGCUCGCCCGUUCACUUCAGCCCCUGAAGAUUGUCUACCUUUCCGAGAAGGGCGGGUUGUUCAAUGGAGAUACUGGUGAGAAGAUCUCCGCCAUCAAUUUGGACGAGGAAUACGACCACCUCAUGAAGCAGUGGUGGGUUCGUCAUGGGACAAGGCUGAAGAUCAAGGAGAUGAGAGAGCUGCUCAUGGACCUGCCUCGAAGCUCCAGCGUCGCCAUCAUCCACCCUGCCGAUCUUCAGAAGGAGCUCUUCACGGAUUCUGGUGCUGGCACUCUGAUCCGACGAGGCAACAAAGUGCAUGUGAAUACCUCGAUCGACCAGUUCAAGGACAUUGAACAACUGAAGGAAGUUCUCAUCCGCGAUCGCGCUGGCCUCGACGCCAAAGCUGUCGUAGAUAGGUACAUCAAGAGUCUGCGAGACCGAGAGUUCAAGGCCUACUUCGACGAGCCAAUGGAUGGUCUGGCCAUUGUUCUGCCACCAAACGGAGAAACGGUCCUUGCUCAUUUGGCCACUUUGACCAUCACCAAGAAUGGCUGGUUGACCAACGUGGCUGACAAUAUUUUCGCCGCUAUCAAGAAAGAUUUCCCGAAGCUGAUGUGGACGGUCAAGGAGGAUGACGAGAAUUUGACCUGGUUCUUCGACAAGGCUGAUGGAAGCCUUACCAAGGAUGGUGAAGUUCUCUUCUGGUAUGGUCUGGAGACAAGUGACGAGGUCAAGGAUUUGAUGGUCGAGUUCACAAAGCACGGUCGACAGAUGUUUGGCGAUAUCAAUCUCGAGUCCAAGUUGCAACGAGCUGCAAGGGCUGCUGCCACUCUGGCAAGCAACGCCGCUAAAUCAGCGGGCUUGACUCAGAAGAGAACAUUCUCAACCCAGGCCAACCCCUUGAGAGCGGCGAGGCAAGCUAGAUAUGUUGCCAGACCUGCUCUUUCUAUCCGCACCUAUGCUACGACGAACCCCAACCCUCCCCUCGGCGCUAAAAACAGCUCCAAUGACAAGCCUUCACGGGUGGCCCUGAUCGGAGCUAGAGGUUACACCGGUAAGGCUUUGGUCGACCUGCUCAACCGGCAUCCACAUAUGGACCUCCGCCAUGUCUCAUCACGGGAGCUCGCAGGACAGAAGCUCAGCGGGUACGACAAGCGCGACAUUACCUACGAGAAUCUCAGCGUCGAGGAUGUUCGACAGAUGGAGGAGAACGGAGAUGUCGACUGUUGGGUUAUGGCCUUGCCCAACGGUGUGUGCAAGCCGUUUGUCGAUGCGAUUGACCAGGUUGGUAAGAACAGCCUCGUCAUCGACUUGAGCGCCGAUUACAGAUUUGACCCUGCCUGGACCUAUGGCUUGCCGGAGCUUGUCGACCGAGCUGCCAUCGCCAAAGCAACCCGGAUCUCUAAUCCUGGAUGCUAUGCUACCGCUGCUCAACUUGGCAUAGCACCCCUUGUGCCAUACCUUGGAGGUCAACCUACGGUCUUUGGAGUUUCGGGCUAUUCUGGCGCCGGCACGAAGCCAAGUCCGAAGAACGAUGUCAAGAAUCUGACCGACAACAUCAUUCCUUAUAGUCUGACAGACCACAUCCAUGAGCGCGAGAUUUCGACGCAGCUGGGUGCACCGGUUGCUUUCAUUCCGCACGUGGCUGUCUGGUUCCAAGGCAUCCACCACACCAUCAACAUCCCGCUGAAAGAAGAGAUGACGUCUCGCGAUAUCCGGAACUUGUACCAGGAUCGCUAUGCUGGAGAGAAGCUCGUCAAGAUUGUUGGUGAAGCACCGCUCGUCAAGAACAUUGCCCACCGUCACGGCGUUGAGAUUGGUGGAUUUGCCGUCCACUCCAGUGGCAAGCGAGUGGUCAUCUGCGCCACCAUUGAUAACUUGUUGAAGGGAGCCGCGACACAAUGUUUGCAAAACAUGAACCUGGCACUCGGGUACGGAGGUUGCUCGCGGCGGCGAUUCGAUCCGCCCACAACAACAGCCGUCACGAUGUUCUACAGUCAUGAAAUGUUGACGAGUCGUCGGUAUGGCGUGGCUACGAUUUGGCUCGUCGCAACCCUCGGCAACAAAUCCAAUCUGAAGAAAGUCACGCGGCGGGCCAUUCUCGACGUGGAUGUGCCCAAGGCAUGCGACGUUAUCACGGAGCCUGAUAUGCCGUUGGCUUUGCGUUUACAGGGCAAUUUGCUAUUCGGUGUUUCACGAGUGUUUUCCCACCAAUGUGGCUAUGUGUUGGCGGACGUGACGAGUCUGCGGGACAAGAUGAGAGGCACGCAUGUGCUCUUUAAUGAGACGGAACUGGAUCCAGACGUGGGCAAGACGAGACCAGAACAGCUCAACCUUGCAGAAGAUCCAUACUUCAUCCCCGAUCUCGACAUCAACUUUGAUCUUGCGGCGUUCGGAAUCUCUUCGGGUGGUUCUGGUUCCACGGUCUCUGGUCGGUCGUCCCCUGGCACCUGGCUGUCGAGCCGGUCUAGUCUUCUCGUAGACGAUGAUGACGAGGAACCUGGCCUGGAAAUUUCCUCGCUCGAUACACCUGGCGGCGGCGGAUUCGGCAUGCUCGGUACCGACUUUGGCGCAGGAACGAGCUCCGUCCUCAAAACUGGUAGUCGAGCGGGACAUCCUCGUCCUCCUUCGCUGUUCGAAGAGGAGCCUGCUAUCAUUGACGAUCCGAUUUUCGACAUUGACGACGACGGAGUCCUCCAACCUGCAAUGCCUGUGUCCGGGGGUGACAUUGACAUUCAGAGCAGCGGCUCCGUCGGAGAUCAAGGUCAAGGACCGCAGGGGCAGGUUGAAGAUGAAGCAAUGGCAGGUGGCGGCGUUGAGAGCCGGCUUGCAACCCCAUUGCCAGAAGGCAUGCCACUCCCUCAACACGACAUCAUAAUGUACGACGACAACGACAUGCCAAUGUUCCUUGAUGAUGACCAGAUCGACCUGGCUACUCCGCAGCAUGCACUGGCAGCAGCUGAAGGUGAAGCUCCCGGCACGGUACGUUCGACUUCCUCGGUGCAGCCGCCCGAUACUGAGUCUCGAGAAACGUCGGAGACAGCAGAAGCGCCCCAGCGACGAGCACGACCGGUCAAAUCCAUCCGGCCAGACCAGAGAACCGAGCUGAGCAAUCGAGACUUGAACGAGUGGAAUGAAAACUAUCUCGUCAACAUGGCAGCUGCCCUGCGCAGUCGACAAAGCCAAGUAUCACGCUACGAAGCGAAGAAGAAUGCCGAGUUCUGGAUUCUGCAUCAGGGAAUCGGGAACAUUGCCGGCACUUUCGGCGAUGAUCGUACACAGCAUCCGUUCGCGCUCUUCAGCGGCCAAUCGCUCUGGGAACUGCUGAGGGACGACAAAGCAGGGGGUACUAAGCGAUCACGUUCACGCAGUGGUUCAGACACCGCAGAGGCAGACGACGGGGAUGAAAAUGCCAGAAGAGUUCGAGCAAGAACCACGGCGUCUCAAGAAGAACAUGGCCGUGGAGAAGAUGGCGUUGGCAUUGACAACAAUGACAACGGUAUCAAUUUCGACGAGGACGACGGCCUCAACAUCCAGGGACCCGGAGGAGACGAGUUCAACAUCGGAUCCGAGGUUGGCCGCCAUGCACCUCCUUCGUUGCCAGACCGGUCCUCGGGAAUGCCUUGGAACACGGGCAUCUCAUCGCGUCAAAGCUUUGCGCAGCCAGGAUCCCGGGGCCUUCGCCAUGGCAGCGGCCUCUUCAGAAUGAGUUCGAGUGUCGGUGGUCUUGCAGGCGGCAUGGAACUUGUUGGACCCCCUUCUGCAUUCGGCAGACGCGGAUCUCGUUUCACUUCCGCCAGUCCGUUGCUCGGCAAAGGACCAGGACCGUCGUUUCCUCGACUGAGUAGCCAGGAAACCGGGGAGAUGCAUGGGUCACGACUCAGUAGCAAUGUCAGCAACGAAAACGACUUUGCUGAUCUCGAUGCGCAGCUAGGUGUCGGCGCUGAUGCUGACGUCGACGUCGACUUCGAGCUCUUCGGUCCUUCUGCGAAUGUCGACACGCAGACAGCAGCACAGAGUCAAUGGGUCGCUGAGACGCUGGAGAACGAGGCAUACAACUUUCUCACCUUUGUCAACACCAAGGUUCAGGCUCUGGCAGAGGAAGGUCAAGAACGCGACCGCGGCGCCGCUGUCACGCUGGACGAGCUGCUUCCUCCGACGCAGCAUAGUCAGGUUGUGGGCGCCCAGGCUUUUCUUCAUGUGCUCGCGCUCGCCACAAAGGGCCUCCUCCAAGUCGCUCAGGCGGAACCAUAUGGUGAGAUUGGGAUUGCUGUUGCAGACUCUUGGGUUCCACAAGGAAAAGGAGAUGAGCAGACUGUACCUACGGUUUAG